AUGCACUGCCAUAGGCUCUUGGAACUGGUUAUUGUUUUGCUUCAUGCAUCCGGAGGACAAACUGAGGAGUCGGGUGGUGAAUGUGUGGUAAAGGAUUCAGCUUCCAGAAAUGCACCAUUUUGGACGUUGAACGUUUUUGAUGAUUAUGAAUAUGUUUACGGUUAUCCACCGGAUUUUAUUGGGAGAGUUGUAGGAACAGUGAGUGUGAAGAAUCUCACGUGUGAUCCAGCAAAACCGACAGAUUUGAAAUCUAAAGAAUGCACGCAAGCCUUGGGGCCAACCUAUUGUCAUUUCAAUGAGACUAUACUUGCACAGUUUGCCAUCGACGAAAACAAGGUUCCACGCUGUCCACACAACGCUAGACCUGAAUCCCUUGAAAUGACGUUAAACAAUACCAAACCGGUUCAGGCGAUGCAGGUAUCUGAACCGACAAAGGAUGAGAUUGGGCAAUACCAUGAAGAACGUCAAACCAAACUGGAAGAGUUUUUCGAGCAAUGUGCCAUGGAUUGCAAUAAACUGAUUAGUAUCGCUGGUAUAUGGUUAUGUGAUUAUCAGAAAUUUUUGGAACUGGUUAAUGGAAAACCCAUUUCCGCUCAAACAGUGACAUGGGAUAUGUCAAAGAAGAAUAUAUUUGGUUAG